AUGCCGGCGGUGCCCGCUGCCUUGGUCGUGAGCUCUCCGUCGGAGGCGGCGGCGACGCCGAAGGCGAAGGCGGUCUCCCAGGCUGCUCUUUUGAUACCGGGCUCCAACGCUAACGAUGGCCGCAGCUUACGGUUAAGCAUAGGUCGGCGGCGAUUUAGACACCAGCAUAAGCCGCCGCCGCCACCGCCGCUGCCGGAGCAGCAGCAGCUGGGCUUUGGUGCAAGUCCAGGCGGCGGCGGCGGCGGUGCCGACGGGGGGGAGCUUGGUGACCGGGCCACUGCUACCGAGCUCGCGGGUGUCCCUUGGGACCCCAUUACCCCUGCUGCUAGUGCUGCUAGUGCUGCUGGUGGUGCAGCUCACCCCUUCCUUCCGCGUCCUCAGUCUCCGACAGCGACAGGCGGCUCAGCAACAGCCGGGCCUCAACAAGCGGCCGGAGCUGGGACGGAGCAACCAGCGGCAGCAGCAGUGCCGGAUUGGGUAGAGGUGGAGGUGGAGGGGGCCGCCGCGGGGCCGGUUCUACCGGUACCGAGGACGGGGCGCAGGGCCACGGAGUCAGGGCAGUGGGCGGUGUCGGCGGCCGGGGGAGAGGCGAUCCAGAUGGCGCAGCUACAGACGGCUCAGCGACGGCCUGUGCUGCAGCUGCAGCCCAAGCCCCAACAGCGGCCUCCGGGCCCAGGGGGCGAGGCUGGGGGUGCGGGUAAGGACGAGGCUAAGGACGCCUUAGCAGCAUCACAACGACAGCCGACGACGACAGCUCGUCCAGCCGCACAGCAGCACACGCGACCACCCCCGCAGCGGAACCAUCCUCAGCACCAGCUGAUGGGGGGGAACCAGACACAGAACAACAAGCAGCAGAAAGGGAAACAAAAGGCGCCGCAUCACCACCACCACCAGCACCACCACCAGCACCACCACCAGCACCACCACCAGCACCGGCAGCGGGAGGCCCAAUCUCUGAAGCUCGAGCUGGCGGCUCUGCAGCAGCAGGUACGGCAGCAGUACAAGCUGCUCGAAGGCCUGGUGUCGCGGCCGCCGCCCGGAGGUUUAAGUCCGCGCCCGGACGAGGAGGGUCAGGGCGCGGAGGGUGCCGUGCAGGGUGCCGCUGCCGCUGCUGCACAGGCACAGGCACAGGUGCAGGUGCCGACACGAGUGGGCUCGGAGACAGGGACGGGAGUGGGCAGAGGCAGGGAGGGGGGUUCAGUCCGAGGUGCGACAGAUGCGGUCUCCGCAGCCGCCGUCCUGGGGGCCGCAACAACCCCGGGAGAUGGAGAUGGAGCCGGGGUUCGCAGGACGGUGGAGAGUGGAGCUGUAGCAGCAGGAGGAGGAGGAGGAGGAGGGGCAGUGGCUGAUCAGGCGGCAGCAGCAGGAGUGCCAGCGGCGGCGGCGGCAGGGACGGGAAUAGCGCUGCAGGCAGCGGGACUCACGAGGCCGAAUUCGGAUACGGAUUCAGGAUUUGGCCGAGAGGAAGUUUUGCGUCUGUCGGAACCGGAUCUGGAUCUGGACCCGCGGCGGGGACCGGGCAGGCGUGGCCUGCCGCGGCAGGUGCACCUUCGUGUCGUACAUGACGAGCGCUACGGGACAGCGCCUGAGGGCCUUACGGAGGCACGUGCUGUGGAGCUAACGGUCAACAUCCGUCAGGCGGCCACCCUGGAGCAGCUGCGCGAGGUGCUGGAGGUCCACGGGGACCUCUUCAACGCGAUCAACAUUACGGCAUUUGCGGCCCGCCUGGCGCAGCUGGCGGCGCCGGCGGGGCGGCGACCCGGCGGCCAGGAGGGGCCGGAAGGGGAGCCGAGUGUGGAGGAGUUGGAGUUGGUGGAGGAGGUGGAGGAGGCGGUGAUGUUGGAUGUGGAGUUGCAGUUGCAGUUGGGGGAGGUGGAGUUGGAGGCGGGGUCGGGGUCGGGGUCGGGGAGGGGGCCAGUCGGGGCGGCAGUAAUGAAGAUGGAGGUGGAGUUGGAUGCUCCCAUUCGAACCGGGGGACAGGGGGGCCAGCGGGGGACUUCAGGAAGACGGCUCGGAGAGAACCACCCGGAGCAGCAGCAGCAGCAGUACCAGCGCCGGAUGGCGCAGUCGUCGCCGUCGGCGGCGGUGGAGGGUGCGGUGGCGGCGGCGGCGGGUGAUGGUGGUGGUGGUGAUCUCGGCGGUCCUCCUCCCUUCGCGGCUUCAAGGACUCCCCCACCACGCCCGCGCCAGCAGCAACUGGCCCGGCAGCUGGCGGCCCGCUUGGGCUACCUGGUGCAGGCUCGCAUCCUGGACAUGGACCCGGAGGGUGUCGUAACGCUGCUGUACGUGUACGGCAGAUUGUCGUACCGUCACGAGGUGCUGGCGGACCUGGCUAUCUCCAACCUUAUUUGGUCCCUGGCCAGUCUGCUGCCCCACUCCGCCAGCUGGGCGGGCCGGGGCUGGUGGGAGGGGCUGUUCCUGUGCACCCGGGACAGACUGGGCGACUACACCACGCAGGCCCUGGCCAACAUUGUGUGGGGGCUAGGUCGACUACGACAGCGCCCCCCGCUGUCCUGGCAGCGAGCCCUGUUCUCCGCCACUGCAAGGAGACUGCACCUGUUCAGCAGCCAGGGGGUGGCUAACUACGUGCAGGGUGCGGCUAAGUUGGGAAUGAAGCUGCCGGAAUCUCUGAUGGAGGGACUGCGGAGCUACGGUACGGCACACCUCCACGUGUUCAGCGGCCAGGGCAUCGUGCUGUACAUGUGGGGGCUGGCCAAACUCACAACCGCGGCGGAAACCCCCGAGGCCGCCUACCACCGUUGGCUGUCCAAGGUCAUGCUGCCGGAGCUCUAUCGGCGACUUCCCUCCCUGGACUUGCGCCAGCUGGCCACUGCCUUGUACGGCCUGGCGGAGCUGGGCCACCGGCCCCCCUGGACCACCUUCAUGCGGAAGUACUGGGGGCAGCUGGCCAUCAGGCUGAAGGAGGGACAGCAGCAGCAGCAGCAGGACGGGGGGCAGCCGGCUCAGGCCGGGUGGGGCCGGGCCCUCACCAACAUCCUGCACGCGGCUGCGGAGCUAAGGAUGGAGCUGCCCUCCGACCUGGCGGCGGCAAUGAUGGAGGCGUGCGGGCGGGACCUGUCGAGGUGCUCCCCACAGGCGCUGAGCAGCAUCGCCUGGUCCCUCCACCGCCUCGCUCUGAAACCCGAACCCGCCUGGUGGAACGCAUUCAUGGAGAGGUGUUGGUACGGCAUGCCGUACAUGCGCGUGAGUGAGCUUGCGACGCUGUUGUACGGCGCGUCGCGCCUUUCCGCCGGCGUGGUUCCGGAGCGAGAGUGGCUGGUACGGGCGGAGGGCGAAUGGCUCCAGAACAUGGACCAGAGCGGGCCGGUGGAACUGUACAGGGGGCUAUCCGCAUUCGCUCACUGGCAGUACUGCCCGGGGCCCCAGUGGCAGGCGGCACUGCUGCCCCACCUGGUGCUCUUCCUCGGGGAGGUGGGCUGCGCCCUGCCCCUGCCGCUGAUCAACGCCCUGGUGCGGGGGGCGGUGACGGGCCGGCACCCCACCACUGCCGACCUCGCCAAGAUUGUGUGCGGCCUGGCGCUCAUGGAUCGCCAGACACUCGGCCCGCAGGUGAGCCCCGCACUGCUGGCCAGAUUGUUGACGGAACUGGAGGCCCUCCGGCUGGAUCUAGAUCCAGGACUGAAUCCAAAUUUGGAUUUAGAUCCAGGGCCCGGCAGGACCCCUCCAGGUGUGGGCCCUCCGGCAGCAUCGCCAGAUGGUCCUACAGCAACAGCAACAGCAGUAGCAGCAGCGACAAAGCCGACCGUACAGAGCCAGGGUCUUGAGGGUAGGGGCAGGGGUAUGGGCAAGGCCGUGGCCGGCAGCGGCAUGCAGAAAAGCGGCGGCCGGAGCUGGCAGCCCGUACGUAAGGCGGGUGGUGGCAAAGUACACACACACAGUCGCAGCGGCAGUACAGCCCGGCGGGAGGAGGUUGAGGUGCGCAACGACCCGGCCCGAAACGACAGUGGCCCCACCGCCGCCGUAGUCACACCCCAGGCCGCCCGGGUCCCAACUGCACUGUCGGUUCUGAAGCUACCGCUGCUGGUGAGGACGGUGUGGGCCCUGGCGCGGCUACGUUACGCACCGGCCGUCCCGUGGGUCUCUGCCUGCACAACGGCGCUGGCGCCGGCGCUGCCCUCCCUGGAGUUGCAGCACCUAGGGAUGCUGUUGGAGGCCUGCAUGGAGCUGGUUCCGGAGCGGCGUCCUGAUAGGGCGUGGCUGGCGGCCGCGGCACAGCGGCUCCGUGCUUUGGAGGUGGAGGUGGAAGCGGUGGCGGGGAUUGCGGUGGCGGGCGGUGCGGUGGAUGGGGUGAUGGCGGCGUGCGCAGGUGGCGAGGGAGGGUCCGUCGGCGGUGGCAGUGAAGGCGGCGUCGAAGGCGAGGAGGAGUUGUUCGGGGCGCUGAGUCAGGGAGCCCGACAGAGGCUCCGGGCGGUUGCGUGGCUGCGAGAACUACUGGGGUUGCUCGAGCGGGGCGUGUCAGAGGACGGGGUAGAGCGCGAGGAGAAAGAGGGGCGGAUGAGGUAG